AUGUCAAUAGAAUUAACUGAAGUUAUUCCAAUGUCUGGUUUACGUUCGAAAAAACUUAUUAAUGAAGAAAAUUCUGUUUUAACAAUGAAACGUAGUUUAAUCGAACGUAAAGAACUUCAUUUUCGAUGUCGUCGUGUUAAUGAUAUAAUGUGUAUUUUUGCUUUAUUUGGUCUUAUUUUAAUGAUAAUCGAUACAGAAUGUCGACUUGAUCAAGUUUAUGAAAAUAAUAUUAUUAUGAUUCGUCCUUUGAUAAGUAUUUCUACAGGAAUUCUUGUUGGACUUGUUAUAUAUUAUCAUUCUCUUGAUAUUCGUCUAUAUGCUAUUAAUAAUCAUAUUGCUGAUUGGCGUGUAACAUUAAAAAUUCGUGGUAUUAUGAUGGUUAUUUGUGAAAUAAUGAUAUGUAUUAUUCAUCCACUUCCUUAUGUUUCAAAAUACUUAUCAUCAGACAAUGGUUUAGCUUGGAUUAAUAUGAUAAUGACAUUACCUAUGUUUGGACGUCUUUAUCUAAUUGCUCGUAGUGUAACAUUACAUUCUCCAUUAGUAAGUGCUGC